AUGCGGGUCCGAGGGGAUACACAUUUUGCAUCCGCUGGAUUGGUCCUCGCACUGUUGUUAUGCACUACCCUCGCGGCUAAAGUCAAUAAGCACAAACCAUGGAUUGAGACGACGUACCACGGGAUUGUGACAGAAAACGAUGACAAAGUUCUCCUGGACCCUCCUCUCAUCGCCCUGGACAAAGAUGCUCCACUCCGCUACGCAGAGAGUUUUGAGGUGACCCUCACUGAAGAAGGUGAGAUUUGCGGGUUCAGGAUCCAUGGGCAGAACGUCCCAUUUGAGGCAGUGGUCCUGGACAAGUCGACGGGGGAGGGGGUGAUCCGCGCUAAAGACAAGUUGGACUGUGAGCUGCAGAAAGAGCACACCUUCACCAUCCAGGCCUACGACUGCGGAGAGGGGCCGGACGGAGCCAACAUGAAGAAGUCCCACAAAGCCACCGUGCACAUCCAGGUGAACGACAUCAAUGAAUACUCCCCAGUGUUUAAGGAGAAAUCCUACAAAGCCACCGUGAUCGAAGGCAAGAAGUACGACAGCAUCCUGCGAGUGGAGGCGGUGGAUGCCGACUGCUCUUUCCAGUUCAGUCAAAUCUGCAGCUACGAGAUCGUCACCCCCGACGUGCCCUUCACCGUGGACAAGGACGGUUUUAUUAAGAACACAGAGAAGCUGAGCUAUGGCAAAGAGCACAUGUACAAGCUGACAGUGACGGCCUACGACUGUGGGAAGAACAGAGCCUCGGAGGACGUCCUGGUGAAGAUCAGCGUGAAGCCCACAUGCAGACCCAGCUGGCAAGGCUUCAAUAAGAGGAUUGAAUACGAGCCUGGCACUGGUAGCCUGGCCCUGUUUCCCAGCAUGCACCUGGAGACCUGCGAUGAGCCAAUCACCUCCAUCCGGGCCACGAUCGAACUGGAAACCAACCACAUCGGAAAGGGCUGUGACCGCGACACAUACUCAGAGAAGUCCCUGCACAAACUCUGUGGCGCGAGUUCGGGCACUGUGGAGCUGCUGCCGGCCCCCAGCAGCUCGGCCAACUGGACCGUCGGACUCCCCACUGACAACGGCCACGACAGCGACCAGGUGUUUGAGUUCAACGGGACGCAGGCCAUAAAGGUGCCGGAGGGUUUAGUGAGCAGCAGCCUGAAGGAGCCUUUCACCGUCUCUGUGUGGAUGAGACACGGACCAGGCGCCCACGAGAAGGAGACCAUCCUCUGCAACUCUGACAAGACAGACAUGAACAGACACCAUUACUCCCUGUAUGUCCACAACUGCAGACUGAUCCUGCUGCUGCGUCAAGACCCCACUGCGGCUGAAAACUACAAACCAGCAGAGUUCCACUGGAAACUAGACCAGGUUUGCGACAAAGAAUGGCAUCACUAUGUGCUGAAUGUGGAGUUCCCAACAGUGUCACUGUUUGUGGACGGGAACAGCUUUGAGCCCUUCCUGGUCACAGAGGAUUAUCCACUGCACGCUUCCAAGAUCGAAACUCAGCUCACUAUCGGAGCCUGCUGGCAAGAAAUCUCAGGACAUGAUAAUGACACUGAGACUCCCUCUGAGCCCGCCUCAGGUGGAAAUGCUCGCAUGGCCCAGUUUUUCAGGGGGAACUUGGCAGGUCUUAUGAUCCGUUCCGGAAAACUAGAGAACAAGAAGGUCAUCGACUGUCUGUACACCUGCAAGGAGGGCCUGGAUGUGCAGCUGCCCGAAGAGGUGGCCAGUGCUGUAAAGGUGGACUUCAACCCAAACCAGUCUUCUCUGAGCGUGGAGGGCGACGACAUUGACGCCUUUGACAAAGUGAUGCAGCACAUUUCGUACCUGAACUCCCGCCAGUUUCCCACCCCCGGCAUCAGGCACUUGCGCAUCUCCACCACUGUCAAGUGUUUCAAUGAGGAGACGUGUGUGGCCGUGCCGGACGCUGAGGGUUAUGUGAUGGUGCUGCAGCCAGAGGAGCCGAAGAUCAGCCUGAGCGGCAUCGACCACUUUGCCCGCAGCUCCGCGGAGUUCGAGAGUCCGGAGGGGGUCACGCUGUUCCCCGAGCUCCGCAUCGUCAGCACCAUCACCAGGGAGGUGGAGGCCGACCCAGAGACGGAGGUGACCGAGGGCAACGAAGACGAUCCCACUGUUCAGGAGACCGUGGUGUCGGAGGAGAUCAUGCACAACCUGGACACCUGCGAAGUGACAGCCAUCGGGGACGAACUGGACGGAGAGCACGAGAGUCUGGAGCUGGACGUGUCCCAGCUGCAGCAGCGCGGCCUGGAGAUGAGCGCCUCUAAUCUGGGGCUCGUCAUCACAGGUGUGAACACGAUGUCGAACUACGAGCAGGUGCUCCACUUGAUUCGCUACAAGAACUGGCACACGGAGGCGCUGUUCGACAGGAAGUUCAAACUGGUGUGCUCCGAGCUCAACGGCCGCUACAUCAGCAACGACUUCAAAGUGGAGGUGAACGUCAUCCACACGGCCAGCCCGGAGGAGCAUGCUAACAACGCCAUGAUGCAGGCCAACUUCAUCAACCCGGUUCACCACGCCUCAGUGGACCUGUCGGGCCAUAACCUGGUCAACGCUCACCAGGCCUCAGUCGUGCCCAGCGCAGCCACCAUUGUGAUUGUGGUGUGUGUGAGUUUCCUGGUCUUCAUGAUAAUAUUGGGAGUGUUCAGAAUCCGCGCAGCUCACCAACGCACCAUGAGAGACCAGGAGAACGGCAAAGAGAACGAGAUGGACUGGGACGACUCCGCACUCACAAUCACGGUCAACCCCAUGGAGACGUACGAGGACCAGCACAGCAGUGAGGAGGAGGAGGAAGAGGAGGAGGAGAGUGAGGAAGGUGAGGAGGAAGAUGACAUCACCAGUGCCGAGUCGGACAGCAGCGAGGAAGACGAGGGGCCUGAGCCCGAGGACCAGCCCGGCGCGAGCAGACAGCAGCAGCUGGAGUGGGACGACUCCACUCUCACAUAUUAA